GGACAGGGGGUCCCUCCCGGUGUCCCCACGCCCCCUGACCUGUCCCCGUCCCCAGGGGAUCAGAUCGUCAGCGCCACCGUGUACCUGGACUCGCUGCCGCCGGGGAGAGGGAUGAGGAUGAGGAUGGGCACAGGGAUGAAGAUGAGGAUGAGAAUGAGGACGGGGAGGAAGACGAGGAUGAGGAUGAAGAUGAGGAUGAGCACAGGGAUAAGGAUGAGGAUGAGGACGGGGAUGAGGGUGAGGAUGAGCAUGGGGAAUGAGGACGGGGAUGAGGAUGAGCCCAGGGAUGAGGAUGAGGAUGGGGAUGAAGAUGAAGAUGAGCCCAGGAAUGAAGAUGAAGAUGAGGAUGGGGAUGAGGAUGAGCACAGGGAUGAAGACGAGGAUGAGGACAAGAAUGGGGAUGAAGAUGAGGAUGGGGAGGAAGAUGAGGAUAAGGAUGAGCACAGGGAUGAAGAUGAGGGUGGGGAGGAAGAUGAGGAUGAGCCCGGGGAGGAGGCAGCCCCGCGCGCUCACGCCCUGCCCUGCCCGCAGAGCGGCGAUGACGAGGAGUACCGGCGCAUCUACACCACCAAGAUCAAGCCGCGGCUGCGGCCCGAGGAGGGCGCGGAGCCCGAGGGGACGCAGAGCAGAACCAUCACGGUCACCCGCAGGGUCACCGCCUACACCGUGGACGUCACCGGCGGCGACGGCGACCUCGGCCCCGAGCUCAGCGUCCAGAUCCCCGACGUGCUGCCCGGGACCCCCGCGGGGCUCCGGCCCCAGAGCCACGUUCCUGGCGGAGCAACUGGAGCAGCCCCGGCGGGCUGGAAGGGCUCGCCGCGGGUCGAGGCCAACGGGCAGCUCGGAGAGCCGGACGGGUCGUUCCGCGUGUCCGGCGGGGCCCCGUGUGCGCAGGGGGAGGUCACCGCCUCGUCCCCGCCCGUGGACGUGGGGAAGAUCACGAUCCCGGCCUUGAAAAUCCCCAAAUUCGGGUUCCAGGCCGGCGGAGAAGCCCCGCGGGUGGGCGUCACCUGCUCGCCCACGCCGGACGUUCCCUGCCCGCAGGUGGACGCGGGGGUCGCCCAGGUCCCCUCCCCCCCGCCGGACGUCCCCUGCGCGGAGCUCCCGGACGGCGCCAAGGGCAAAGUCAAAAUCCCGCACUUGACCUUCCCCAAAUUCUCGGCCCAGGGCGAGGCCGUGGAGGUGCCCCAGGGCGUGGCUGCGCCCCAGCUGGAAGGAGAGUGGAAAGGCCCCACCUUCAAGAAGGCGGAAACGCCCCAAAUUUCGCUGUCGGACGUGAACCUGCACCUGAGGGGCCCCAGAGGGGAGGGGCACCUGGCAGGACUCGGCCCCAAGGGGCUCCAGGUGGACGUGGCUGGCCUGAAGGGCGUGGAGAUGGACGUUGGCCUGAAGGGGUCGAAGGGAGGAGUGGACGUGUCCGUGCCGAGCGUGGGGGGCGAACUGAGGGGGCCUCAACUGGACCUUAAAGGGCCCCAAACGGGGGUGGAGGUGCCCGGAGUGGACGUCAAGGGGCCCGAGGUGAGCGCCAAGAGCCCCCAAAUCUCCGUGCCCGACGUCGAGCUGAGCCUCAGAGGGCCCGGAGCGAAGGGAAACCUGGAUGUGUCUGCCCCAAAACUGGAAGGGGAGCUGAAAACCCCCAGGCUGGACAUGAAAGGCCCCAAAGUGGAGGUCGGGAGCCCCGAAAUGGAGAUCCAAGGGCCUGAGGGCAAACUGAAGUUCCCCAAGCUGAAAAUGCCAAAAUUUGGGGUGAAGGGAGAGACCCCCAGCGUUGAUGUGACCCUUCCCAAAGGGGGGGUGGACGUCAGCAUCCCCAGCGUGGACGUCAAGGGCCCCAAGGUGGACAUGGAAGCGCCUGAAGUGGACGUCCAUGGCCCCGAGGGGAAGUUCAAGAUGCCCAAAUUCAAGCUGCCCAAAUUUGGGAUGCCCGGGGUCAGGGCAGAGGGUCCCGAGGUGGACGUGAACCUCCCGAAAGGCGGCCUGGGGGUGUCCGGCCCCAGGGUGGACGUUGAGGCGCCGAGUUUGGACAUCCAGGGUCCCGAACUGCACCUCAAGGCCCCCAAAAUCUCCGUGCCGGACGUUGGCCUGACCCUGAACGGCGCCAAGGCCAGCGGCGACCUGGACGUGGCCGUGCCGGGUGUGAAGGGCCCCGAACUGGACGUGAAAGGCCCCACAGUGGAGGCUGAAACCCCAGAUUUGAACAGUCAAGGGCCUGAGGGCAAACUGAAGUUCCCCAAGCUGAAAAUGCCGAAAUUUGGGGUGAAGGGAGAGAGCCCCGAGCUGGAGGUGGCGCUGCCGAAGGGCGGGGUGGACGUUUCGGGUCCCGGACUGGACCUGCAGGGGCCCCAGGUGAGCAUCAAAACCCCCCAAAUCUCCAUGCCCGACAUCGACCUGAACCUCAAAGCGCCCAAGGUCAAGGCAGAUUUGGACGUUUCCGCCCCAGAACUGGAAGGGGAGCUGAAAACCCCCGGGCUGGACAUCAAAGGCCCCAAAGUGGAGGUUGAAACCCCAGAUUUGAACGUCCAAGGGCCUGAGGGCAAACUGAAGUUCCCCAAAAUGAAAAUGCCGAAAUUCGGGGUGAAGGGAGAGAGCCCCGAGCUGGAGGUGGCGCUGCCGAAGGGGGAGGUGGACGUUUCGGCCCCCAAAGUGGACAUUUCGGCCCCCAAGGUGGACGUCGAUGUCCCGAGCGUGGACGUGGAAGGGCCGGAGGUCAAAGGGAAAGGCCUCAAGUUCAAAAUGCCCGAACUCAACGUUCAGACCCCGAAACUCUCCAUGCCAGACGUGGAUCUGGGCUUGAAGGCCCCGAAGCUGAAAGGGGAGGCCGGAAUUCCUGGGCUGAAGGGCCCCAAAAUCGACGUGAAAGGCCCCAAAGUGGAUGUGGAAGGUGCCAAAAUGGACGUGAAGGGUCCCAAAAUCGAUGUGAAAGGUCCCAAAAUGGACGUGAAGGGUCCCAAGGUGGAUGUGGAAGGUCCCAAGGUGGAUGUGGAAGGUCCCAAGGUGGAUGUUGACGUGCCUGAGGUGGACUUGGAAUGCCCAGAAGGGAAACUGAAAGGCCCCAAAUUCAAGAUGCCGAAACUCAACAUCAAAUCCCCCAAAAUCUCGAUGCCGGACGUGGAUUUGAACCUGAAGGGACCCAAAGUGAAGGGAGACAUGGACGUGGCUGUCCCCAAGGUGGAAGGGGACAUCAAGGGGCCGAAGGUGGACGUGGAGGUCCCGGACGUGCACCUGGAGGGGCCCGAGGCCAAACUGAAAAUGCCCAAAAUGAAAUUGCCUCAUUUCAACGUGUCCGGCCCCAAACUGGAGGGGCCCGAGGUGGACGUGACCCUGCUCAAGGGACAGGUGGACGUGUCCGGGCCCGAGGUGGACGUUGAGGGACCCGAGGUGGACAUUGGAGGAGUGGAAGGGAAGUGGAAAGGUCCCAAAUUCCGGAUGCCGAAACUCAACAUCAAAUCCCCCAAAAUCUCGAUGCCGGACGUGGAUUUGAACCUGAAGGGACCCAAAGUGAAGGGAGAGGUGGACGUGGCCCUGCCCAAGGUGGAAGGAGAUGUGAAAGUUCCAGAAAUGGACAUUAAAGGGCCGAAAGUGGACGUUGAGGUGCCCGGCGUGGCUUUGGAAAGUCCAGAGGGGAAGAUCAAAGGCCCCAAGUUCAAGAUGCCCGAGAUGCACAUCAAGACCCAGAAGAUCUCCAUGCCCGACGUGGACAUCAACCUCAAUUCAAGGAUAGAAGGGGAACUGAAAGGUCCAGAAUUUGACAUCAAAGGCCCCAAAGUCGAUGUUGAUCUCCCCGACGUGGAGCUGGAAGGGCCCGAGGGGAAGAUCAAAGGCCCCAAGUUCAAGAUGCCCGAGAUGCAUUUCAAGGCCCCCAAAAUCUCCAUGCCCGACAUCGACCUGAACCUGAAGGGGCCCAAACUGAAGGGGGACGUCGAUGUCUCUGUCCCCAAACUCGAGGGUGACCUGAAGGCCCCAGACAUCGACAUCAAAGGCCCCAAAGUCGAUGUUGAUCUCCCCGACGUGGAGCUGGAAGGGCCCGAGGGGAAGAUCAAAGGCCCCAAGUUCAAGAUGCCCGAGAUGCACAUCAAGGCCCCCAAAAUCUCCAUGCCCGACUUUGAUCUGAACCUGAAGGGCCCCAAAGUCAAGGGGGACGUGGACGUGUCCGUCCCAAAAAUCGAGGGAGAUUUGAAGGCGCCAGACGUCGACAUCAAAGGCCCCAAGGUCGAUGUCGAACUCCCUGACGUGGAGCUGGAGUGCCCCGAGGCGAAACUGAAAGGACCCAAGUUCAAGAUGCCUGAGAUGCAUUUCAAAACCCCCAAAAUCUCCAUGCCCGACAUCGACCUGAACCUGAAGGGCCCCAAACUGAAGGGAGAUGUUGAUGUUUCUGUUCCUAAGCUGGAAGGUGACCUCAAGGGCCCUGAACUGGACAUUAAAGGCCCCAAAGUGGACAUUGAUGUUCCAGAUGUCGACAUUCACGGGCCUGAGGGAAAGUUCAAAACGCCCAACUUCAAGAUGCCCAAAUUUGGUCUGAAGGGAGAGGGCCCCGAGGUGGACGUGAACCUCCCGAAAGGAGACCUGGACGUGUCCGGCCCCAAGGUGGACGUUGAGAUGCCGAGCGUGGACAUUGAGGGGCCGGAGGGGAAGAUCAAAGGCCCCAAGUUCAAGAUGCCCGAGAUGAGCAUCAAGGCCCCCAAAAUCUCCAUGCCUGACAUUGACCUGAACCUGAAGGGGCCCAAGGUCAAGGGGGGCGUCGAUGUCUCCGUCCCCAAAUUGGAGGGCGACCUGAAAGGUCCAGAUGUGAGCGUGAAAGGUCCAAAGUUGGAUGUGGAUGUUCCUGAGGUGGACGUUGAAGGUCCCGAGGGGAAGUGGAAGGGACCCAAGAUCAAGAUGCCGGAGAUGAACAUCAAGGCACCGAAAUUUUCCCUGCCCGAUGUCGACCUGAACCUGAAAGGUCCCAAACUGAAGGGAGAGGUGGACGUGUCUGCCCCGAAAAUAGAAGGAGACAUGAAAGUGCCGGAUCUGGAGUUGAAAGGACCCAAAAUGGACGUGGAUGUUCCCGACGUGGAGCUGGAGUGUCCCGAGGGGAAGAUCAAAGGCCCCAAGUUCAAGAUGCCCGAGAUGCACAUCAAGGCCCCCAAAAUCUCCAUGCCCGACUUUGAUCUGAACCUGAAGGGCCCCAAAGUCAAGGGGGACGUGGACGUGUCCGUCCCAAAAAUCGAGGGAGAUUUGAAGGCGCCAGACGUCGACAUCAAAGGCCCCAAGGUCGAUGUCGAACUCCCUGACGUGGAGCUGGAGUGCCCCGAGGCGAAACUGAAAGGACCCAAGUUCAAGAUGCCUGAGAUGCAUUUCAAAACCCCCAAAAUCUCCAUGCCCGACAUCGACCUGAACCUGAAGGGCCCCAAACUCAAGGGUGACGUCGACAUUUCCGCCCCCAAACUGGAAGGUGACCUGAAGGGCCCAGACCUGGACGUCAAAGGUCCCAAAGUGGACAUCGAAGCUCCUGACGUGGACAUUGAUCUCCCAGAGGGGAAGGUGAAGGGCCCCAAGUUCAAGAUGCCCGAGAUGCAUUUCAAGGCCCCCAAAAUCUCCAUGCCCGACUUUGAUCUCAACCUGAAAGGCCCGAAAUUGAAAGGGGACGUUGAUGUCUCUGUCCCCAAGCUGGAAGGGGACCUGAAAGGCCCCGAACUGGACAUCAAAGGCCCCAGAGUCAAUGUUGACCUCCCUGACGUGGAGCUGGAGUGUCCUGAGGGGAAAAUCAAAGGCCCCAAGUUAAAGAUGCCAGAAAUGAACAUCAAGGCCCCCAAAAUCUCCUUGCCCAACAUCGACCUGAACCUCAAAGGCCCCAAACUGAAGGGGGACGUCGAUGUUUCUGUCCCCAAACUCAAGGGUGACCUGAAGGCCCCAGACAUCGAUAUCAAAGGCCCCAAAGUCGAUGUUGAUCUCCCUGACGUGGAGCUGGAAGGGCCCGAGGGGAAGAUCCAAGGCCCCAAGUUCAAGAUGCCCGAGAUGCACAUCAAGGCCCCCAAAAUCUCCAUGCCCGACAUCGACUUCGGCCUGAAGGGCCCCAAGGUCAAGGGGGACGUCGAUGUCUCUGUCCCCAAGGUGGAGGGCCCUGAGCUGGACAUCAAGGGCCCCAAAGUGGACAUUGAGGCGCCCAAUGUUGACAUUAACGGUCCUGAGGGAAAGUUCAAGAUGCCCAAAUUCAAGAUGCCCAAAUUUGGUCUGAAGGGAGAGGGCCCCGAGGUGGACGUGAACCUCCCGAAAGGAGACCUGGACGUGUCCGGCCCCAAGGUGGACCCCAAGUUCAAGAUGCCCGAGAUGCACAUCAAGGCUCCCAAAAUCUCCAUGCCCGACAUUGACCUGAACCUGAAGGGCCCCAAGCUCAAGGGGGACGUCGAUGUCUCUGUCCCUAAAGUAGAAGGGGAACUAAAAGGUCCAGAAUUUGACAUCAAAGGCCCCAAAGUCGAUGUUGAUCUCCCCGACGUGGAGCUGGAAGGGCCCGAGGGGAAGAUCAAAGGCCCCAAGUUCAAGAUGCCCGAGAUGCAUUUCAAGACCCCCAAAAUCUCCAUGCCCGACAUCGACCUGAACCUGAAGGGGCCCAAACUGAAGGGGGACGUCGAUGUCUCUGUCCCUAAAGUAGAAGGGGAACUGAAAGGUCCAGAAUUUGACAUCAAAGGCCCCAAAGUCGAUGUUGAUCUCCCCGACGUGGAGCUGGAAGGGCCCGAGGGGAAGAUCAAAGGCCCCAAGUUCAAGAUGCCCGAGAUGCACAUCAAGGCCCCCAAAAUCUCCAUGCCCGACGUUGAUUUCAGUCUGAAAGGCCCCAAACUGAAGGGGGACGUCGAUGUCUCUGUCCCCAAACUCGAGGGUGACCUGAAGGCCCCAGACAUCGACAUCAAAGGCCCCAAAGUCGAUGUUGAUCUCCCCGACGUGGAGCUGGAAGGGCCCGAGGGGAAGAUCAAAGGCCCCAAGUUCAAGAUGCCCGAGAUGCACAUCAAGGCCCCCAAAAUCUCCAUGCCUGACGUCGACUUCGGCCUCAAAGGCCCCAAAAUCAAGGGGGACGUCGAUGUCUCUGUUCCCACGAUUGAAGGUGACCUCAAGGGCCCUGAAAUCGACCUCAAGGGCCCCAAAGUGGACAUUGAUGUUCCAGAUGUCGACAUUCACGGCCCUGAAGGGAAAAUAAAAUUCCCCAAAUUCAAGAUGCCUAAAUUUGGGGUCUCAGGCUUCAAAGCAGAGGGGCCUGAUGUGAAUGUGAACCUCCCGAAAGGAGACCUGGACGUGUCCGGCCCCAAGGUGGACGUUGAGGGUCCAGAGGUGGACGUGGAGCUGCCCCCAAAAUCUCCAUGCCCGACGCCCAAACUGAAGGGGGACGUCGAUGUCUCUGUCCCCAAACUUGAGGGUGACCUGAAGGCCCCAGACAUCGACAUCAAAGGCCCCAAUGUCAAUGUUGAUCUCCCCGACGUGGAGCUGGAAGGGCCCGAGGGGAAGAUCAAAGGCCCCAAGUUCAAGAUGCCCGAGAUGCACAUCAAGGCCCCCAAAAUCUCCAUGCCUGACGUCGACUUCAGUCUGAGGGGCCCCAAGGUCAAGGGGGACAUUGAUGUCUCUGUCCCCAAGAUUGAAGGUGACCUCAAGGGCCCUGAGCUGGACAUCAAAGGCCCCAAAGUGGACAUUGAGACGCCCGACGUCGACAUUCAUGGCCCAGAAGGGAAAAUUAAGAUGCCCAAAUUCAAGAUGCCCAAAUUCGGACUUUCCGGGCCGAAAGCUGAGGGCCCCGAGGUGGACAUGAACCUUCCUGAGGCCGAGGUCAACAUUUCAGGUCCGAAAGUCGACGUUUCUGUGCCUGAGCUGGAGCUCGAAGGCCCCGAUGGGAAACUGAAGGGCCCCAAGUUGAAGAAGCCGGAGCUGCAGUUCAACGUGCCCAAAAUCUCCAUGCCCGACAUUGACCUGAACCUGAAGGGCCCCAAACUGAAAGGGGACCUUGAUGCUUCUCUUCCCAAGGUCGAGGGCGAGCUGAAAGGCCCCAAACUGGACAUCAAGGGGCCGGAGCUGGAGCUGGAGGGGCCCAAGGUUGACCUCGAAGGAAAAGCUAAAAAAUCGAGGUUUAAACUUCCCAAGUUUGGCUUUUCUGGCCCCAAAGUUCAAAGCCCCGAGGUGGAUGUGAAGCUUAAGAAGCCUGAGGUGGAGCUGUCUGGCCCGAAGGUCGAGGUCCAGGCUCCGGAUUUGGACGUCCAGGGGAAAUCCAAGGGCUCCAAAUUCAAAAUGCCCUUCCUAAACAUUUCUUCGCCCAAAGUCUCAAUGCCGGAUGUGGAGCUGAACCUGAAGGGGCACAAAAUGAAAGGGGAGUUUGACCUGCCCACCCCCAAACUGGAGGGGGAGCUGAAAGGUCCCGAGGUGGACAUCAAGGGCCCCAAGGUCAACAUUGAGGCCCCCGACGUCGACGUUCACGGCCCAGAGGGGAAACUCAAAAUGCCCAAGUUCAAAAUGCCGAAAUUUGGAUUUAAAGGGGAAGGGCCUGAGGUGGACGUGAACAUCCCCACGGGAGAACUGGACGUGUCCGGUCCUAAAGUGGACAUUGAAGGUCCGGAGGUGGACAUUGAGGGGCCGGAGGGGAAGAUCAAAGGCCCCAAGUUCAAGAUGCCCGAGAUGAACAUCAAAGCCCCCAAAAUCUCCAUGCCCGACAUCGACCUGAACCUGAAGGGCCCCAAGGUCAAGGGGGACGUGGACGUGUCCCUGCCCCAGGUGGACCUGAAAGGACCCAAGGUGGACGUGGAAGUUCCCGACAUUGACGCUGAAGGUCCGAAGGGGAAAAUCAAAGGCCCCAAAUUUAAAAUGCCCGAAAUGAACAUCAAAGCUCCCAACCUCUCCAUGCCCGACCUGGACCUGAACCUGAAAGGCCCCAAGGUCAAGGGGGGGGUGGACGUCGAUCUGUCUGCACCAAAAAUCGAAGGGGACCUGAGCUUGCCGGACGUCGACAUCAAAGGCCCCAAGGUGGACAUUGAAGGUCCAGAGCUGGACAUUGAAGGGCCCGAGGGGAAGAUCAAAGGCCCCAAGUUCAAGAUGCCCGAGAUGCACAUCAAGGCCCCCAAAAUCUCCAUGCCCGACGUCGACUUCGGCCUCAAAGGCCCCAAAGUCAAAGGUGAUGUGGACGUGUCACUCCCCAAGAUUGAAGGUGACCUCAAGGGCCCCGAAAUCGACCUCAAGGGCCCCAAAGUGGACAUUGAUGUUCCAGAUGUCGACAUUCACGGGCCUGAGGGAAAAUUUAAAAUGCCCAAAUUCAAGAUGCCGAAAUUUGGGAUGCCCGGGGUCAAGGCAGAGGGGCCUGAGGUGGACGUGAACCUCCCCACUGGAAACCUCGACGUGUCCGGCCCCAAGGUGGACAUUGAGGGUCCAGAGCUGGACGUGGAGCUGCCCGAGGGGAAGAUCAAAGGCCCCAAGUUCAAGAUGCCCGAGAUGCACAUCAAGGCCCCCAAAAUCUCCAUGCCCGACAUCGACCUGAACCUGAAGGGGCCCAAACUGAAGGGGGACGUCGAUGUCUCUGUCCCCAAACUCGAGGGUGACCUGAAGGCCCCAGACAUCGACAUCAAAGGCCCCAAAGUCGAUGUUGAUCUCCCCGACGUGGAGCUGGAAGGGCCCGAGGGGAAGAUCAAAGGCCCCAAGUUCAAGAUGCCCGAGAUGCACAUCAAGGCCCCCAAAAUCUCCAUGCCCGACGUUGAUUUUGGCCUCAAAGGCCCCAAAGUCAAAGGUGAUGUGGACGUGUCACUCCCCAAGAUUGAAGGUGACCUCAAGGGCCCCGAAAUCGACCUCAAGGGCCCCAAAGUGGACAUUGAGGCACCUGACGUCGACAUUCACAGCCCCGAAGGAAAAAUAAAGUUUCCCAUGCCCGAGAUGAACAUCAAGGCCCCCAAAAUCUCCAUGCCCGACAUCGACCUCAACCUGAAGGGCCCCAAGGUCAAGGGGGACGUGGACAUGUCCCUGCCCAGUGUGGCAGGGGAGCUGAAAGGGCCCGAGGUCAACGUCACCGCCCCUGACGUCUCCAUCGACAGCCCCGAGGGCAAAUUCAAACUGCCCAAGUUCAAGAUGCCCAAAUUCUCCAUGCCUGGGUUCAAGGGGGAUGGGGUGGACGUGGACCUGACCCUCCCCAAGGGCGACGUGGCCGUUUCGGGCCCCAGCGUGGACGUGGAGGCUCCGGAGCUGAGCGUGGACGGGAAAGUCAAAGGUCCCAAAUUUUCCAUGCCCGAGAUGAACAUCAAGGCCCCCAAAAUCUCCAUGCCAGACGUUGACUUCAACCUGAAAGGCCCCAAACUGAAGGGGGAUGUCGAUGUCUCUGUCCCCAAACUUGAGGGUGACCUGAAAGGCCCCGAAAUCGACAUCAAAGGCCCCAAAGUCGAUGUUGAUCUCCCCGACGUGGAGCUGGAAGGGCCCGAGGGGAAGAUCAAAGGCCCCAAGUUCAAGAUGCCCGAGAUGCACAUCAAGGCCCCCAAAAUCUCCAUGCCCGACUUUGAUCUGAACCUGAAGGGCCCCAAGGUCAAGGGAGACGUCGAUGUCUCUGUCCCCAAGCUGGAGGGGAACCUGCAGUGCCCAGAUGUCGACAUCAAGGGCCCCAAAGUGGACAUUCAGGCGCCAGAUGUGACCCUGGAAGGGCCCAAGGUCAAGAUGCCCGAAAUUCACGUCAAGACCCCCCAAAUUUCCAUGCCUGACAUUGACCUGAACCUGAAGGGCCUGAAGGUCAAAGGUGACACUGACCUGCACGGCCCCAAACUCGAGGGGGGUCUGAAGGGCCCCGAGCUCGACAUCGAAGGCCCCAAAGUCGACAUCGAGGGCCCAGUGGUCGACGUCGAUGGUCUGGAGGGGAAAGUGAAGCUGCCCAAAAUGAAAAUGCCCAAAUUUGGCUUUAAAGGGGAAGGUCCCGACAUGGAUGUGAACUUGCUGAAGGCCGAGGUGGAUCUGUCCGGCCCCAAGGUGGAUCUCGGCCUGCCAGAGGUCAACGUUGAAGGUCUGGAGGGCAAAGUGAAGGGUCCUAAACUGAAAAUGCCCGAAAUGCACGUGAACGUCCCCAAAAUCUCCAUGCCUGAGAUAGACUUGAACCUGAAGGGCCACAAAACCAAGGGCGGCUUCGACGUUUCCACCCCGAAGGUGGAAGGUCACCUGAAAGGGCCCGAGGUCGACCUGAAGGGCCCCGAAUUCGGGGUGAAAGGCCCCGAAGUUGACAUCGAAUGUCCCGACCUGAGCGUCGAGGGCCCCGAGGCCAACGUCAAAGUUCCCAAGUUCAAAAAGUCCAAAUUUGGGUUCGGCAUGAAAAGCCCCAAGGCGGAGGUUUUACCUGAUUUACCUGAGGCGGAGCUGAGCGUGGAGUCACCUGAUGCCCACCUGUCCGGCAAGGGGAAGAAGAGCAAGUUCAAGAUGCCCAAAAUCCACAUGAGCGGCCCCAAGGUGAAGGGGAAGAAGGGAGUGUUCGACGUGAACGCGGCGGGGGCCGAGCUGGACGCCGAGCUCAGCGCCGCCGGCCCCCCCCCCCCCCCCCCCGGCCCCGAGGGCGCCAUGAAAUCCCCCAAAGGCAAGAAACACAUGUUUGGGAAGAUCUCCUUCCCGGACGUGGAAUUCGACCUCAAAUCGCACAAGUUCCGCGGGGAGGCCUCGGCGGGGGCCCCGAAAGUCGAGGGCGAUCUGGAGGUCAAAGGCCCGAGCCUCAACGUGGACGUUGAAGGUCCCGACGUGAACCUGAAAAGCCCAAAAUUCAAACUCCCAGGGGUCCAGGUGGGCGCGGGGGACGUGAAAAUCGGGGGGGACCUGAAGGGCCCCGCGGUCAAUGUCGCCGUCCCCUCGGUGGACGUCGACCUUGGCACGAAAGGACCAAAAGUCAAAGGCGAAGUUGGCGUUGCUGGAGCACAACUGGAAGGUCCCGAGGUGAAACUGGGAUGGCCCAAGGGGGGAAAAGCAGGUUUGGGGCUGGAAAUGCCGGACGUGAGCGCCGAUGUGGACGUGAAGCUCAAAGGGCGCCAAAUCUCCCAGCCUGAGUUCGAGGGGAACCUGAAAGGACCAAAAUUAAAGGGAGAUUUGGACAUUUCGGGCUCCGCCCAAGGGCCCGGCGUCACCCUUGGCGUCCCCUGCUCCGUCCAGUCCCCGGGGGCCACCCUGGACCUCCAGGGGCCCUCGCUGGACGUGUCCGGCCCGGAUUUGGGUGUCAACCUGAAAGGACCAAAGUUGAAAGGAGACGUUGGCGUCAAAACCCCGCAAAUGUCGGCGGACGACUCCGGCUUCGAAAUUUUGGGGGGCACCAUCAAACUCCCGUCCCUGAAGCUGCCCCAGUUCAGCCUCUCCGGCCCUGGCAUGGACGGGGGGGACGUGGGGGUCAGUCUGGAGGGCCCCCAGGCCAAGGGGGGCUCUGGUCUGGGGCUGGAAGGUCCCGAGGUGGAGCUGAAAGGGCCGAAAUUCUCCGCGCCGGACGUUGACCUGAGGCUGAAAGGACCAAACGUGGACGUGGCUGGAGACAUCCAAGGGCCAAAGGUCAGCGUGGAGGCUCCAGGCCUGGAAGUGUCCGGCUCGGCCUUGAACGUCAACGUGAAGGGGCCGAAGGUCAAAGGCGCGGCCGAGGCGACGCCGCCGUCGGUCAGCGCCGGCUCUGGAUCCUUCCACGCCGCCGGCCCCCGGGCGUGCGGCGAGGGCGGCCAGGUCAAAGUGUCCUUCCCCAAGCUGAGGAUGCCGAAAUUCGUCUUCUCCGAGCCCGAGGCCAAGGGCCGCGAGGUGGGGGUGGACGUCGAGUUCCCCGGCGCGGACGCGGCCGAGCCGGAGCCGGACGAGGCCGAGGCCAGGCUGAAGAGAUCCAAGCUCAAGAUGCCCAAAUUCACCUUCUCCAAGCAGAAAGGGCGCGGCGGCGGCCCCGGCUCCCCCGACGGCUCC